AUGCUUCACGAACUGUUGUUUGUCUUGUCUGGCUAUCCUGGAGAUGUCUUUAUCCCACAUCCGCCCCAAAACCCCUCCACAUUUGUCAUUCCUCCAGAAUUCCCAUUAUUGCAUCCUACCGAACGCGAAUCUCUCAAUCGUCUUGCACAGCUUGGAUUCGUAUUUGCACAACUAACGCAAUUCGUUGCAUCCGUAAAGGAUCUCAAACAACCAAACACACAUCAAAAACCAUGUGGAGCAUAUCUUCAAGCUGUUGUCACAACCUUGGAAGGGAUUCUUAACAAUUAUCGACAAGACAUUAUUGCCAUGGAGAAACGCAUCCUUAAUAAAGACGACGAGGCUGGAGAUAAUAUAGUACCUAUUGCAUUACUAACAUCUAACCUUGGUCGUUGGGAAUUGUUACUACCAGCAUUGUCGAAAUUCGUGUUGAUUUUAAAAACAGAUCCUACGCGAUACCAUGGUUGCCGCCUUUUUGAUUUAUUGAUGGACCAGGCAAGGACAGGCAUGCCUGAACUACGGGAGGCAAUGGAGAAAAUGAUAAUGCGCCUUCACGAUGUUCUUUAUCGACAGCUAACAGCGUGGAUGGUGUAUGGUCAGUGGGCUGACCCAGACGAAGAAUUUUUCAUUAUUCGGACUCCAGAUAUAAUGAAUGAAAGAGAGAACACUGGUUCCCAUGCUACUGGGUGGCAGCGACACUACAGCUUAGCUAUCGAUCGAAUACCUGCCCACCUAUCUCAGUCACUUGCAGAAUCAAUUUUAUUUGUCGGAAAAGCUAUUGCAACUGUAAACUCAAUGGGAGGUGGACAGCUGGAGUCAAGGUCAGCAUCAAGUUUGCUCUUAAACAAGCGUCAAAAAAUACCUAUCCCUGAAGAGAUGAAAAAACGGCACAUCCGUCUUCUUCUCUCUCUCCACUCUUCAAACGCCAACAAAAAGUUACGUUCUUCACCUUGGAUCAUCUUCCCACAACAGCUUCAAAAGGUAGUCCAGCAGAUACGCAAGUCUACAGCAGAGUGGCUAUUUUCACAAGUAUUAGUAGGUGAACAUGGGCUACAGCGUUAUUUGGAAUCUUUUCGACAAAUAUUCUUGCUGGGUUAUGGUGACCUUGGUAUGAACCUUGUCGACGAAUGUUCUCUCUGGCGCCAAAGGUCUAUAUCGUCGUUUUCAACUUCUGUCUUAAACCGAUCUCAGCCGUUUGCAAAACAUGCAAGGGACGAAGAAGACGAACGACCAAUAGACCCCAAACCAUUAAGCAAGACGGCCAUUAUUUUCAGAUACCAAGAACUGAAUGCCUUGCUGGCCAAGGCUACAGUCGGAACUGAGGCAGAAGAUAAUCUUAAAGGAUAUAGCCUGGAGUGGGUCGAGAAAACAAAGGAUAUCAAAAACCCUUCUUAUCAAUUUGCAGAUCUUUUACUAGUCGAUGGUCGUUGCGUGCUUGUUUACGAAAUGGAGUGGCCUAUUGAUCUUUUUUUGAGUCAAGCUGAUCUUGCUCAUUAUAGUGAACUAUGGUGCUUUUUGAUAGGAUUGAAAAAUGUCCAAAUGACUUUGGGUAGUUUGUGGAAAACACUACGGAGUGGAAAGGUCGACAAUAAGAGCAAAAACCCUCUGCUGCUUUCCGAAGAGUCUAGUACUGAUGUUGAAGGAGAGUACAGAGAACGCGUGGUGUGGCGAUUACGAUUUUCGAUGUUAUUCUGGGUAGAUACUCUGUGGAAUCAUGUUCAGUCUAAUGUGAUCAAUGCACGCUAUCAACGUCUAGUUACCACUAUUGCACCAUCUUUUCAAGCCAAAAAUGACGACCCAGAACAUCCUAACCAAGCAAUAUUUGGAAUACCCAAUGCUUUGGAUUUUGAGGAAAUACAAGCAGCUCAUGAAGAGUAUUUGCAAGAUAUCAUGCGGGGAUCUUUAUUAUUAUCCACAACUUGUGCUGACACAAUGCACGACAUUCUCAAGCUAUGCCUUGAUUUCUGUGAAUUAGUUGAGCGGAUAUCAGAAGAUGGAGUGUGGCAAAGCACAAAGAGACGCAGAACUACUAAAACAGUAGCAGAGAUUGUGGACGAAUGGACGAAAAACUCUGGAAAGCCAAUGCCUCGUUAUGCAUGGAUGGAUCAGAUCGAUGCCAUUGAGACGAAUUUUUCUUCUCUGACAAAGCGCUUCUUUGGUAUUGUAUCCAACCAGCAACAAGAUAUAAAAGCAAGUGGACAUCUAGAUCUUUUGCUGAUGCAACUGGAUUACGGAAAAUACUAUAGCAACUCAGGAAAAUAACUGUAUUGGAUAAUACAUUAAUAAGCAAUGUCAGUUAUUUGGCUUGAAGACUUU